AUGUCCGAGCCAAUGGAGCAGUCGCGAACUGAUACCAUUGUAUCAGACUGGGCCAAUGAUCCUGAUAAUGCAAAGAAUUGGCCGACAGCCAAAAAGCUUUACAACACUGCUGUGCCUGCCUUACUAUGUUUUUUGAUAUCAUUCGGGCUGGCGAUUUAUUCGCCAUCUCAUGAAAGCGCCCAAGAGGAUUUCCACACUAGCACCACUCUCGCCCUGCUCCCCUUCACACUAUACGUCUACGGUCUCGCAUUUGGUCCAGCAGUCUCGGCGCCGCUAAGUGAAACAUUUGGUCGAAAAUUUAUCUAUGUCUUUGUGACCCCGAUCGCGUUGCUGUUUAUUCUGGGCGGCAGUUUUGCGAAGAACCUUGCGGCUCUUGCCAUCUGCCGGCUAUUGGCCGGUAUCACGAUCUCUGCGCCGCUGGCUGUUGGUGCAGGGACUAUAAUGGACAUGUGGACUGGGGUAGACACAAAUCGCGGCGUGGUCUUGAUCAUGACUAUUGCAUUCCUGGGGCCAGCGCUUGGCGAACUGGUAGGUGGCUGGAUCGCCCAAUACAAAAGCUGGCAAUGGUCGCUGUGGACUACCUUGUUCCUUGGUGCAGGUGUCUGGAUAUUCGCGCUGGGAGCCCAGGAGACUUAUGCGGGUCCUGUGAUGCGUCGCAAGGCUAAGAAUCUUGGAUUGCCCAUACCGCCGGCCCCUAUCCCAACUGGCCUAGCUGGAGUCCGUUUUGUGGCCACAGUCACACUAGUAAGGCCGCUAUACAUGCUUAUACGCGAGCCUAUUGUGACACUUUGCUCACUCUACUCGUCUCUGAACUUCUCUAUACUGUUUUGCUUUUUAGCAUGUAUUCCGCUGAUUUUCAGCACCACGUACAACUUUACGCCCGGAGAAAGUGGGCUGGUGUUGAUUGGAAUCGCUGUGGGAUGCGUUCUUGGAGGUAUAGUUUUGAUCCUCCUUGAUUCUUAUACUCUGAAGCGACAUCUUUUCAAGUGCAAGAACGUCGCACCACCACCAGAGCGAAUGCUGUGGGGCGCAAUGAUAGGAGGUCCUCUGAUGGCGGCUUCAUUGUUCUGGUUUGCGUGGACUGCCCGGCCAGGGAUCCAUUGGAUUAGUAGCAUUGUAGCGACAGGUCUGUUUGGUUUCUCAAACAUUCUGGUUUUUGUUUCGACAAUGCUUUACUUGACCAAUGUAUACGGUGCCAAAUACGGAGCAUCGGCGCUGGCAGCCAAUGGGCUACUGCGAUACCUCGUCGGUGGCUCAUUUCCCUUGUUCACAAUUCCAAUGUACAGGAAUCUUGGUUACCCCUGGGCCACGAGCUUGCUUGGGUUUCUGGCAGUCGCGUUCGCCUUUUUACCGUGGAUAUUCUAUAUACUCGGCAGCAGGGUCCGUCAGUCUAGUGCUUACAUUCAAUGA